GUAAUGGAGUUCCCAGGAGCCCCACGCUGACAAGGCUAACCUAGCUCUCGCAACCCUCUCCGCGCGAUAACGACAUUGCACCGCCAUCACCAUCACGGUCCCCGAAACAACGCCGCAGCGCUUUCAACGAUCAUACCUUGCCCAUAGACUACGGGUCAGGACACCCUGUGAUGGACGAGAAACACGCACCGAUGCCGCCGCCGAUCCGACGCGGCGUGGGCCCCGCGCGGCUGCUCAUGGCCCUCGGCUACCUGUCGCUGGCUGCCGUCACAUACUGGUACUUCCACACCCGCGCAACGUUCCUCCAGAGCCUGCCAAGCCCGCCGAGCCCGGCGCCCGUAGCGGCGACGAAUGCACUCGUACCUCUCGAGGCGCACAUCAUGAGCAAGUGCCCGGACGCUAGGGACUGUCUCCGCGAGCUCGUGCUGCCGGCAAUGCAGAAGGCCCACGAGAAGGUCAACUUUACGCUGUCGUUUAUCGGCAAGCCGACGGACGAAGACGACGGGGUGGCCUGCAAACACGGUCCGGAGGAGUGCCUCGGCAACAUCAUCGAACUCUGCGCGCAACGGCUCUACCCCGACCCCAAGACAUUCCUCGGCUUCACCAUGUGCCUGAUGCGAGACUACAAACACAUACCGCAGCGCAGCCUGGUCGAGGACUGCGCGCUGGAGCACGCCAUCGACUUCAACCAGCUCAACGACUGCGCGACCAAGGACGACGGCGCCUUUGGCAUCGGCAUGCUGCGGGACAGCGUGGAGCGGACAGCGAAGGUACGUACACACACAUACACACACCCACCCACCCGCAGGCAGGCAGCCCCAUUUAGGUAGAUACCCUCCGCUCUCUCUCUAACACCCGCCCGCUGC